UUCGACUUCCUCGAGGAUCGUUCAGAUAUGGCGACUCCUAUUACUAUGAGAUCUUUGCGCCAUGGCAGUGAUACUCCUUGCUAUUGCAGUGGUCCUGGGCUAUGUAACCGUUGUUAGUGCGGUAAGAUUCCGUCGAAGAGACUCGUUGUCGACAAGAUAUCCCUACCAUGAUCGUGCAUCCCUUGCCCGGAUGACCGUGGACGAUGCGUUUGACAUACAGCUCCCGCUGGCAGAGUUAGAGCUCCCGACAACCUUCUCAUUUUCUGUCUUCUUCGCCCUAUUUAAGACUUAUGGUAUCCCUUCUAUUUCCAAGUUAUUGGUAGCAACCGGCCAACUCUCUGAGUUCGAAUCCUCCUCCAAAAGAGCAGCUGAUACAGGGGUUCUGGUUACAGAAUUUGUCCUGAAUAGACCUGGAUCUGAUCGCAACUUAGAUGCCAUUGCCCGUAUGAAUUGGCUUCAUGAUCGAUAUCGGAAAAGCGGGAAAAUAAAGGACGAAGAUAUGCUCUAUACACUUAGCCUUUUUGUCCUAGAGCCUCUGCGCUGGACGCGACGCUUUGAAUGGCGCAAUCUGUCCGACAUUGAGAUUUGCGCCAUGGCUGUAUACUGGAAGAGUGUGGGUGAAAUGAUGAACAUCCCAUACGAUGCCUUGCUUUCGGCCAAAUCAGGCUGGCGAGAUGGCCUCCAUUGGCUCGAGGAGGUUGAGUCCUGGAGCAGGCUAUACGAGAUUCAGCACACAGUACCGGAUAAGAACAACAGAACUCUGGCCCUUGCCACUAUUGCAAUAGCGUUGACCAACGUCCCUUACAUUUUGCACGGAUUGGGUUUGCAACUGGUUGCAGCUUUGCUUGAUCGACGCUUGCGGCAAGCUAUGUUGCUCGAAGAGCCUCAAUGGCCAAUACAGAUGACGCUCGAAAUCGCAGUUUUGAUACGGAAGUACAUGAUCAGAUAUUUCUGUUUGCCUCGGCCUGAGUUUUAUCGAGUCUCUUAUUUCACGGCAACUGCGGAUCGUUUGACCAAACGAUACCACACCAUGCAGUAUAUUGGCCACCCAUGGUACAUCAAGCCCUCGCUGGCACGACGAUGGAAUAUCAACUCGUGGCUCUUGUGGCUAUCUGGAGGCUACAUACCUUCGACCCAUGACAACAGGUACCAUCCUGAGGGCUACAGAAUUCCCGAAGUAGGUCCCGCGUCACUAGCAGGGCAAGGUGUGGAUGAGAUGCUGGACACAAGAGUGAGGAUUCUGAGGACGGUUAAGAGCUGCCCAUUCUCUCCACAGCGAAAGAGCAGCUGACGGCGCGCCGAAAUUUCUUUGCAUUCCAGAAACGAACCCGCUCUAGGUUGUCUUGGAUCGGCCAGCGUCAAUGCAGAAGCUGCGAAUCAUUGCUCUCACACUUUGGUCUCCUUGUUCCACCUUCCAUCUUCUCUCUAUACUGCUGUCUCUGGCAGUCAGGUAAGGCAUUCCAGGUAUAUUGCUCUGCACCGACAAAAUGGGCUUUGAUACAGUGACGGCAAACUAGUACUAGUACUCCAAUUCUGGCACGGAUGCCAUGUUUCAAAUUUCUGCAAAGCAGGGCUCAUACAGCCAGGACACACCACGUCCAAAUUGCCGAAAUAGAACAAAAUGAUAUCUUGGAUAAGUGCAAAGCUGAAAGAAACACAAAGGUACCGGCGUUCUGCAAGUGAACAUUAUUCUUCUACGUAGUACCUCAGAGCCACUAGACCGCUUUACUCUCAUAGUGCGUCAUGCAGUGGCUAACGAAUCAUUCAGUGACUAACGAGACCAUCCUAUUACAUCUACGCUAUGAAGAGAUGAUAAGUGGA